ACUUAAGUGUGAUGUUGAAUGUGUAAAAGAAAUAUGUAUUUUUUAAAAUGGUUGGCAUCAUUCCUCAUCAUUAUAUCAUUCAAACCAGUAAAGAAUAGUGACUUUAUAUCACUGAUAAGUAUCCGAAAUGAUAAUUUCUGCAUAACGAACAGUUCUUCUGCAAUGAUUUACAAAAGAAAUAAUAAUCUUCAAGAAAAAGAGACUACCUUCCUUCCUAGAAUUGGAUAUUUUUGUGAUUUUGAAAAUAGCGAAAAUGGAAAUUGCAUUGAUUCUUUCAAAGUGCAUCCUUGGAAUUUGGUAAAUUAUUUGAACUAUGAAAGCACAUUUCUCUUGGACCUUCGCUGGGAACGUUUGCCAGUAAAAAAACUUCCUUUUAAAGACGAUAAUUAUUUAUCAUUUCUCACUCUAGUAAAGUUGGGAGGAUUGAGGGAUUUCAAGGUGCCGAUUUCUUUAAAAGGCGAAGAAAUCCAUCUACUUUUGUGUGAUAAAGAAAAGGUUGAGGAAGCAAAUUGCUAUUGGUUCAUACUCCAAGGCUGGUCCCGGAAGUAUACAGCAAUGAGAAAAUGUAAAGUUGGCGGGAUCCUCCCAUGGGAUCAUUAUCCUAAACGUGAUGAUUGUGCCAAGAGGAAGGUGGAAAAAGUGCAUUCGGAGAAAUUCCCUCUUUAUUCAAGUAAGGAGAAAUGGAGUCAUAUAAUGAUAGAGAAAAAAGCAAAUACAAUAUCUUUAAAACUUUACAAUGAAAGGAAAGAAGAGGACAUCAUCGACUUUACCGAGAAAGAUGCGAAAAUGUUUGAAUUGAAUUAUAUUUUAGGACAUAGAAAGGAUGAGGAAGUACUUUGCAAAGUACAUGAGAAUAAUUACAUGCGAAGCACUACGGUUUCUGAAUUCACUCUGAACCGUGCAUUUACUGGAAGUGGUAUUGAAUCUUGUAUUUCUUUUAUCUUGAAUACAUGUUCAUACUGUUCAACUACAGUAAUAUUUCUGAAUGAAGGAAAAACAAAAGUGAUUUUGGAACAGAAUUUUCCACCGACUAAUGGCAUUUGGGAACACCACAAAUCGGUUACGAAUAUUUCCAGCAGUAUUUUUUUUUGGGUUAAAUUGAAAACUAUGUUAACUGAAGGUUCAUCUUCAACAGGAUCUGAAUUCUGGUCAUUCGAUAAUUUCCGAGCAUGCCAUAAUGAAGAAUACAGAAUAACACAAAGUUCGGAUGGUAUUUCCGAAUGUCAAUUGCUCGAAGAUAAUAAGAAAGUGGAAAAGGUUGAAACUAUCGAUUCUGUAACAGAUGACAUAAUAUGUUCAUCUCCUGAUGCCAUAGGAAGUUCAUGUAUUUCAUGCGAUCUAUUGCAGGAACGAAUCAACAACAAAAAAUGUGAAAAGUUGCAAAUAUGCGAAGAAAAAAAUGGCGACACUCAAUGUUUCUGCUCUUCGGGAUAUAUGGGAUCACAAUGUAAUGAAGUGUGCCCAAAAGGAACGUAUGGAUACUUUUGUCAAAAACAAUGCGCAUUUUGCGAUCCAGUGGGUCAAUGUGAUGCGAUAAAUGGCAACUGUGAAUGCCAUAAUUUAUUUGAAGGUCCAACAUGUCAAGUUCCUAAGAAAGGUCAAUAUUUGGAAAUUGCACCAAAAGUGGUAGAUCAAAAAGCAGACUCCUGUGAGAUACAAUGGGAUAGUGAAAAUUACAUCGGAAAACCCAAGCCAAAAUAUUAUCUGGUACAAUAUUCAAAUGCCCGUUCAUCAUGGUGGAAUGAUUAUGGAGAAGUAGAAAAUUUGGAAAAGAAUGGAAAUGUAGUAGUCGGAAAUUUCAGAUCAAACAAACAAUAUGCAAUCAGAGUUCUUUUGAGUGAUGAGAAAGAUGAAAUAAAGAAAUUGCAAUACACGAAUCUUCCUGCUGCAAUGUGUAUGACGACAUGCAAUGAUCCUUGAUCCUGAUUUAAAUCUGCUUCUGCUUACAGAUUGGAUUGAAGAUGAUAUAGUAAUCAAAACAACAUCAUUCCGAGUAGAAAUUCAUCUCAAUUUAACCCAAGAUAAAUGCCCAUUAUCAUCAUACCAA